AUGCGCAUCGGUUGUCUCCAGUUCGCGCCAAAGGUGGGCGAUAUCGAGAACAACUUGAACCGAGCCGAUGCCGUCCUGUCCAAGGCCAACGUCGAGGAGCUGGACCUCAUGGUGCUACCUGAACUGGCUUUUACGGGAUACAACUUCAGGUCGCUGCACGAGAUCUCUCCGUUCCUCGAGCCCUCGGGAUCUGGCAUCACUUCCCUCUGGGCGCGCACCAUGGCCUUGAAGUACGAAUGCGUCGUCACUGCCGGAUAUCCGGAAAAAGUCGACGUCUCUCCCAAGUGGCCGACUGGCCCGGAAUAUUACAACUCGGCCAUUGUUGUAAACGCCGAUGGCGAAACCAUUGCCAACUAUCGAAAGUCGUUUCUUUACUAUACCGACGAGUCAUGGGCACUCGAAGGCGAAGGCUUCUAUCAUGGCUUCAUCCCCGGUGUGGGAAAUACUUCCAUCGGAAUCUGCAUGGACAUCAAUCCUUACAAAUUCGAGGCACCGUGGCAUGCCUAUGAAUUCGCCUUCCACGUCCUGGAAAUGCAGACGAACAUCGUCAUAAUGUCCAUGGCAUGGAUGACCAGAGAGGAGUCUCGCAUGUUCUCGCGCAUGCCCAAUGAGCCUGACAUGGAUACCUUGACCUACUGGGUCACCCGCCUGGAACCGCUCAUCCGCGCCGAGACCGAGGGUGAAAUUAUCGUCGUCUUUUGCAAUCGAACUGGUAGUGAAGGUGAUGCGACGUAUGCUGGUACUAGUGCCGUCAUCGGAAUUGAGAACGGGGAAGUCAAUGUCUAUGGUCUGUUGGGCCGCGGACAAAAGGAACUUCUUGUCGUGGACACUUCGGAGCCACCAUUCGCCAAGCUUGUGUACCGCCCAGAAGAAGAAGAGGAGCAAGUCAACCCGGACGAAGUUAAGAACUCAUCCUUGACCGGGUCUGAUCCUACUGCUCCCGAUCAUAGCACACCGGCAACGUCGGACCAAGGCAGCGAUUUGGAAGCGGAGGCGCGGGCACCAUCGCAAGCCCAAGCAGCUGAACGAAGAGACAUCAGCUCAUCUGGCAUGGCUAAUAAGUCCACCGUGUCGUUGAGUCUCGUUGAUGCCCCUUUUACCACCAGUCGUGAUCCCUCUCGAGGCCGCUUGCCUCAACGGAAAGCAAAUCUCGUUCCUCCGCCGCCACCUAUGGUGCCAACGUUUCCAGGGGACGUGUCCAAAGAAGAAGCAAACUCCCCGUUGAUACCGGCUCCCAAGGGCAUGGUAUCAACAGGCGCUGCCCCCACGCCAGACAAGCUUACUGAGCCCAAGCAUCCUACCGAGAAGAAAUCUGUGACGCCGAUUGACGUAUCAGCUGCCAACUCUGCUGCAACAUUUCGGUCACCAGCCACAGAAGGGCCCAUCACGAUCCCUCAACCCUCAUUGCCAAGCCCAAGGGACCAGGCUCUUCGACCCAAGCUUAUUAUUCCACAAUCUCCGCCGAUGCAGCCGCGACAAAUACAUCCUUCCAACCCAGCUAGUGCCAGGUCUGUCUUGUCGAAUAAAUCGUUUCAAUCAGAGAUUUCCUUUCACUCAGUCAAGUCGGAUGAAUCAGAGGCAUCCACGCUAACCAUCCGCUCCAACCCUCGUCCGCCGGAAGACAGCACACCAUAUCCACACAGUGGCAUGCCCUUGAGUGGUUAUCCUCAAAAGAAGAAGAUAUAUGGCGGCUAUGUCAAGAUCAAGACAGAUGCCCAGUUCUCUUCCAACUUCUCGCCUACUACUCCGUUUGAGGACAUGUCGCCAGUGGCGUCUUCGUGGUAUUCCCGCCAACCAGACAGUGCCCUCCGCACGCCAAACUCCGCUGGUGGAUGGUUCCCAGGCACGCCCAUCGGCCGCAAGCCUGAACCAUUUCCAUGGCAUGCUCUAGGCUCUGCUAGGUCACGCAGCCGAACCAGUAGCAGAUUCGCAACUGCCAAGACGCCAGAGCCCGGCACAGCUGUGACUGCAGUGCCCCAAGGUCCCAUGGAGUAUGAUGAGCGCCGGAAAACUCCAAAGAGGCCUUCUUCACCCAAGUCUCGCAAUGCCAGCCGCUCUCGCACCAGAGACCGCUCCAGUUCCGCCUUGAGCCAACGUGAAUACGCUGUCGUCUCGCAGCACUUGGAAAACGUGUCGAAUCGUGCGUGCUCCGUUGAACAGCCCGAGGAGAUAUAUGCGAACGGGGUAUAUGCCGAAGAGCCCGCCAAAAGUGCUACUUUGCAUUCAGGCAAGGGGCCUACGCCGACAUUACAUGGCCGUUCCAACAACAAAGAGGACAAGGACACAUCGCCAUGGUCCUCAUCUGUGCCAAUAGCGGCCAGUCCUAGCAUCCUCGACCGAGAUGCUCCGCGCAGAAUGGUCAUCCCCACCCCCGUUGCUUUGGAAUAUUACCGACCUAUCGGAGCUGCCGCAUAUCAUCAGCGUAGCAAUUCCUUCUCAACCAGAGACGAGUACUACAGCUUCUCUCCAGUGGCAGCGAUCAAGGAAGACAGCUGCCCUCGAACCAUCAGCCGCGGAAGGCAGCCAGGACCCGGCGCACCCGGUGCACCUGGUACACCUGUCGCACCUGCUGAUGUGCGCGGAAAGGCACCUGUAGGCUCACGAGACCGCACCAGCUCUGCAGACUCCACCCGCAACGAUGUCCUUCAUCAUAGACCAGCGCCAUCAUCGAUCCGGACAGUCGAGUCGUGCUGA